GAUGAUGACGAUGAUUAUGGAGAAUCGAAGUGGGGAGCCGUUACAAAGACUGACAGAACCACCAAAAGUGUCAACAAAGAUGGCGGACCGACUCUCUCAACUUCAGGAUGCCGUGAAUCAGCAAGCUGAGAAUUUGUACAACAGCAUCGGGUGUCUCUUCAACUCGGCUCCUCCCUGCAGCUUUGAUAAGAGCGGCAAGACUCCCUCACAGAAUGAAAACCCAGAUGACAUGAUGGAACACAAGCGGGUGUUUGCCACCGUCAUCGCCCGCAACGCUAAGGACAUUGAUGCUCUCAUUGAGUCGCUUCCUUCAGAGGACUCGUCGGCGGAGCUUCAGACGGCAAGCAUGCGUAUUCUAGAACAAGAAGGGGAGGAAGCUGCCCAGAGGUUGCAGCGAGGUAUUGACCGAGGAGACAAGCUGCUGGAGGAGAUAAACAGAGCUCUGACGGAAAUUGCCACCACUCAGCUGGCCAUUAACCGGAUCACAGAAGCCUCACAGGGAGAUGCCAUUAAGAUUUAGCUUCAGGAUGCGGUGUGAUGGAUGCAGAUUUGCUCUGUGGUGAUGCUGCAAGUGCUCAUAUCAGGGACGUAGCCUAAACUGGCCUCAAGUGCGUCAUUCAGGCAUAUCAUAUUAUACACGGUUGUCAGUUUUCCAGACUCAUUCACAGUUCACCAGUCUGUGCUCAGUAUUCUGUGACGUUUCCUCUCUGCAGGGCACUUCAGGAAAUUUUUGGUGGCCAGGUGGUGAGUGAUUUGAGGAGCAUGGGCCUGUUGUGGAAGUGUUGGCGCUGGGACUGUGCUGUGUAAUGUAUUAUUUCGUAGGAUGAGACCAGGGUGAAUGCUGGCAGUUCUUCUCAAGGGUGAGGUGGGUAUGCAAGGAAGUAGUGAGUUAAGUGUAGCAGUGUAAUAACAGACUUUAAAGGAAACUUAAUGCCACUUUUCUGUCUCAGGUGUGGUGAGCUGUUCAGCAAGUAUUAUUGGCUAUGUGUUUAUUUAUUAUUCCCAGCCCAUGUGCAGUGUUAGGGUACACUGAAGUAAUGUGCACUGUGAGCUAAGGUUGGUAUUAAUUCUGAAGAUGUGGUUUAGGUGAUACAACUCUUAGUGUAUUGAGGAUUCCUUAGCUGGUAGUCUAACAUGAAUAUGAGAGUCAAGCCAAGUUUCAAGAGGACAGAAUAGACAGCUUUGCCAGUGUUGCUUUCUGUACAACCAUGCAGAUAUAAGAAAUGGUGAAUUGACUCAUGUCUGUAUUAUCCUCAUGGCCACGUUUGUAAACAGUGUUUCUUAGUGAUGUUAUAUUAAUGUCAUUGCAUUGUUUAUGAAAAUAAUACUGUUUUCAGAACUGUAAACUCAUGAAAACUUAAUUUUGACCCAUUUUUCAUAACUUAAAGGUUUUUACAUUUCUAUUGUCAUUUAUCAUAGUACAAUACAACUAUUUUGUCACAA